AUGGCAGCAAAAAAGAUGGAUAACAGCUGGAUAUCAAUUAAGAACUACCUAGACCCCAAAUAUUUAGACGAAGUAGAUGAAUUUCUUAAGUUUGCUUUUCUAGGCAAGGAUCCCAAUUUUAGACUCCCAUGUCCUUGCAAAAUAUGUAAUAACUUUGAUGACCAGACAUUGAAAGUCAUGGCCGACCGCCUGUGUGAAGGAAUAGUGGAUAGUUAUACUAGGUGGAUAUAUCAUAGUGAAAGUUUUGAAUGUGAUGAUAAGGAGAAUGAUAUAGAUACAAAUGAGGAAGAUAGUGACCCUGAUGAUAUUGAGGAGCUGUUAAAUGACGUAGGAGUUACUAACUUUGGGGAGAAUUGGAGACAUGGGGCAGAACAUGAUAAGGAUUCUUGUGGUAAGGAAGAAGGAGAAGCAAGUAGGUUCCUUAGAUUAUUAUCUAAAACUGAAAAAAGUCUAUAUCCAGGUUGUGAAAAGUACUCAAAAUUGUCCUUUGUUGUCCAUAUCCUCCACCUAAAGACAAUGAAUCACUGGACUUGUAAUUCUGUUGAUAUGCUAUUCAAAUUCUUGAGUAGUGUAUUUUCCAUGGCAUCAAUUCUUAGUUCGUAUUAUGAGGCAAAAAAUUUCAUCUGUGAGUUAGGGCUCAAAUGUGAAAAAAUCCAUGCUUGUGAAAAUGAUUGUGUACUUUAUCGAAAAGAAAAUGAAGGCUUAGAUCAUCACCUGAAUGAAAAAUGUAAAGCACCUCGGUACAAAUCUCCAAAUUCUAAGGUUCCUAGAAAGGUGUUGUGCUUGCAAAGACUCUUUAUAAACAAGGAGAUUGCUCGUGAUAUGAGGUGGCACAAGGAGAGGUGA